AUGGAGCAGCUCACUAAAAUCUCCACCGCCUUCGCCGUCCUUCUCCUCCUCGCCGUCACCACCGUCCACGCCCACAACAUCACCCGUAUCCUCGCCAAGCACCCCGACCUCUCCACCUUCAAUCACUACCUCACUGCCACCCACCUCGCCGCCGAGAUCAAUCGCCGCCGCACCAUCACCGUCUGCGCCGUCGACAACGCCGCCAUGUCCGACCUCCUCGGCCACCACUACCCCCUCCCCACCAUCAAGAACAUCCUCUCCCUCCACAUCUUCGCCGACUACUUCGGCUCUAAGAAGCUCCACCAGAUCUCAAAGGGCUCCACCACCACCUCCUCCCUCUUCCAGGCCACCGGCGAGGCCGCCGGAACCUCCGGGUACGUCAACAUCACCGACAUCAAAGGCGGGAAGGUCGGCUUCUCCCCCGUCGACGACUCAUCCAUCGACGGCGGCGCUGCCCCCCCGAUGGCGACCUUCGUCAAAUCCGUCGAGGAGCUUCCGUACAACAUCUCCGUCAUCCAAAUCAGCCACGUCCUCACCUCGCCGGAGGCGGAGGCUCCGGUCUCCUCGCCGUCAGAUCUGAACCUGACAUCUCUAAUGGCGAGGCAGGGGUGCAAGGCGUUCUCAGAUCUGAUAACUGCGGAGGGCGCCGGGGGGACCUUCUCACAGAGCGUCGCCGCAGGGCUCACCGUCUUUUGCCCCUCCGACGAGGCCCUCCGGUCGUUCGGGCCGCGGUACAGGAACCUCAGCGGCGACGGGAAGACGUCUCUCCUGCUGUACCACGGCGUGCCGGUGUACAACUCGCUGGGGAUGCUAAGGUCGAGCAACGGCGUGAUGAACACGCUGGCGACGGAGGGGAAGAACAAGUACGACUUCACGGUGCAGAACGACGGGGAGGACGUGAAGCUGGAGACGAAGGUGGUGACGGCGACAAUCAAGGGGACGCUCAUCGACGAGGAGCCGCUGGCGGUGUUCAAGGUCGACAGGGUUUUGCUGCCGAGGGAGCUUUUCAAGGCGGACCCGGCGGCGGCGCCGAGGGCGGCAAGGUCCAGGGCGUCAUCCAACGAUGACGAAGAUGCGGACAGCCCUGGGCCUGCCGGAGACGAUGAGGCGGCGGCGGAUGAGGAAGGUUCGAGCAACGAUGGAGGUAGAGGUGUUGGAGGCGGUUUGGGGGCGGCGUGGUUCAGUUUGGUGGCAAUUUUCGCGUGGUAUUUUUGA